AUCUACUAAAGCGCCGGCCUCUGACAUCAGGGCUUGCGCCCGCUGUCACCCCCACACGCCAACCAUCUCGACGGUGUCCCAAUAUUUAUCAAUAAUUUAGUUUUGGCCCGCUCCACACGUCUCCCAAGAAAAGAAACCAUUAAAAUAUAAAACGUUGCGUGGGCCCAUCCUCGUUAGCUUUUAACCCUUACCCAACUUCGACGCCUUUCCGUCCUAAUCCCUUCUCUCGGGGUUCAGACUAAUCACAUUUGAUAUUUCUCCUCUCAAAUCUGUCGGCCAUUGAAACCCCCAUUACCCAUCUUUGAUCAACAUGGCAUCGCAGGAGCACCGCGGCCGACGGUCCAAUCCUAGUCCCUCUACGGGCGUCGCACGGCGGUUACCACCGCCUUCCUCCGCCGAAAAGCGCAGCCCUAGGCUCCUCUCCUUCGUUCUAAAAGCCGUCGUUAUGGCCUUCGUUACCACCCUCUUCUUCCUCUUCGUCGGCGUCGCGGCGAUCCUCCUUCUCCACCUCUGCCUAGCCGGCGGCGCCUUCCGCCGUCGCCGCCCACGCCACCGUUCACCCAACUUCGGCGAAUCCGAUCCUGGGUACUCUCCCGAAGAACUUUCCAAGCUUCACCGGGCCAGGUACGUGGCGUGCGCUGCGCCUGAAAGGGCGGACGAUUGCGUCGUUUGCUUGUCGGCCCUCCGGGACGGCGAGUGGUGCCGGGUUCUUCCGGGGUGUAAUCAUAUAUUUCAUGCGGAUUGCGUGGAUAAGUGGUUGAUUAAGGUACCCUUUUGCCCAAUUUGCCGGGGGCGAGUCCGGUUGAAUUCAGAGACGGCUGGAUCGGCGAUAGGAGGGGAGGAGACGAAGCAGCACCUGUGGUUGAGAGGAUGCUGCGGGUAGUGAAUUAGUUAGGGAUAACAGAUGGUUUAGAUCGGACAUGUGUAAGUUCUGAAACUUAGGGCUUCUGUGAUUUGGUUUUCUUUUUUAUUAAGGGUUGAGCAGCUUUGAGUUUCUGUUUAAUGUAAUUACGGAUUUUGUGAUGGAAGAGUUUCGGGUAUAUAGUGGCGGCAUGUUUCUUUGGAAA